AUGGUGCCGCCGGGGAAGCGUGGCCCCUCGCCCGGCGAGGCCGGGGACCUGGCGGCGCUGGCCGAGCUGGACGAGGCGGCGCUGCUGGCCGGGCUGCGGGAGCGCUUCCUGCAGCAGCGCAUCUACACCGACAUCGGAGACAUCCUGGUCGCCAUGAACCCCUUCCAGCCGCUGCCGCUCUACGGGAGAGAGGUCUCCGAGCGGUACCGGCGCCUGGAGACCGACGCGCUGCCGCCCCACAUCUUCGCCGUGGCCAGCCGCGCCUACCACGCCAUGCUGGGCCGCGGGGGCGGCGGACCCCGCAACCAGUGCAUCCUCAUCAGUGGAGAGAGUGGUGCUGGGAAAACAGAGAGUACAAAGUUGUUGUUGCAGCACAUAAUGAACCUAUGCAAAGGCUACUCACAGCUGGAGCAGCAGAUACUUCAGGUGAAUCCUUUGCUUGAAGCUUUUGGCAAUGCCCAGACAGUGAUGAAUGACAACAGCAGCCGCUUUGGAAAAUACAUACAGCUGCGUUUCCAGAGAAAUACAGUGCAAGGUGCCAAGCUGAGUGAGUACCUGUUAGAGAAGUCACGGGUGGUACGACAAGAUACCGGGGAGAGGAAUUUCCACAUCUUCUACUACAUGUUUGCUGGACUGUCUGCAGAGCAGAAGGAGAUGUAUGGGUUAUUGGAUCCUUCACUCUACAGGUACAUAAGUGGACGAUUUGGUACACAGGAAGUAGCUGAACACUGGAAGCACAAAUACCAAGAGGUUUGCAAUGCUCUUGACAUGGUGGGCUUCCAAGAACAGGAGCAAGUGGACAUGCAGGCUAUCUUGGCUGGUGUGUUGUCUCUGGGCAAUGUGACCUUUGAGCCUGAGGAGAGCAAUGGGUCUGUGAAGGUCAGUGAGGCCUCCAAGGGAUGGCUGAAGGCUGCAGCGGGUCAGUUUGGAGUCCAGGAAGAUGAGCUAUUAAAAUGCCUGAUUUGUACAACGUCAGUGACCCGAGGCGAGCAGAUCCAACGCUUUCACACCCAGCAGCAGGCAGAAGAUGCUCGGGACUCCAUUGCAAAGGUGGCCUAUGGCCGAGUGUUUGGCUGGAUUGUUUGCAAGAUCAAUGAGCUGCUGGCUGAGAACGUGGAUCCUGAUGUGGAACUGAGGGAGAUAGGCAUCUUGGAUAUUUUUGGGUUUGAAAACUUUGCAGUGAAUCGUUUUGAGCAGCUUUGCAUAAACUUGGCCAAUGAGCAGCUGCAGCAUUUCUUCAACCAUCACAUUUUCCAGCUGGAGCAGGCUGCCUAUAAGGAAGAAGGGCUGCCUUGGGAAACUAUCACAUUCAAAAAUAAUGAACCUAUUUUGAGUCUGCUCCUGGCCAAGCCACUUGGGCUGCUGUCUCUUCUGGAUGAGCAGAGUGCAUUCCCUCAGGCAACUGAUAAGACAUUUGUGGAUAAACUAAACAGCAGCUUUAAGGGGCAUUUACACUUCCAGCCAGCCCGAGGCCGUGUUUUGGGCUUCAGCAUCAUUCACUAUGCUGGGAAAGUACAAUAUACUGCCCAGGGCUUUCUGGAGAAGAACAGAGACACCGUGCCAGCCAGCGUCCGUGGGCUCUUCAUCAACAGUGUCACCCCCUUGCUCAGUGUGCUGUUCACAGGCAAGUCCUCUGCACAUGCAUGCAUUGCAAAGGUACAAAAUCAGCUAAUUGUCUUUGUUCUUCCAGCCACUGUCUCCAGGACAGGGACCCUGAUGCCUCAUGUGAAAGCCAAGGUUGUGCCAGGUGCAGAUGACAAGUUCAACAGCACACGGAAGCAGUCUGCUGGAGCUCAGUUCCGGCAUUCCCUGAUGGUGCUCAUGGAGAGGAUGUAUUCUGCCAACCCACACUUUGUGCGCUGCAUAAAGCCCAACAGCCAGAAGGAGCCAGGUGUGCUGGACAACCAGGUGGUGCUGCUGCAGCUGCGGUACAAUGGGCUGCUGGAGACAAUCCGUAUCCGAAGAGAUGGUUUCUCCUGGAGACCCUCCUUUGAGGAAUUUGCUGAAAGAUAUGGAAUUCUUCUAGUUAAACCUGGUGUCCCCCUCACAAAAGAAAGCUGCUUGGAGAUACUGCAAAGUACGGAGCUGAAAGGCUGGAUUUGUGGAAAGUCUCGACUUUUCUUUAAAUAUUGGCAUCAGGAAGAGCUGGCAAAGUAUGUGGAGCGACUGGAAAGAGCAGCAGUUAUCAUACAGAAAGUUUUUAGGGGAUUCAGAUGCAAGAAGAGUUUCCUAAAGCUGUUGGCUGAGCUGAGAGCUCAAGCACAGCAGCUACAGGAGGAGGCAGAGAGAGAAAGAAUCCGGCAGCUGGCACUGGCAGCAGAGGCCCAGGAAAGAAACUCCCUUCCAGUCCCCAUGCCACGAAAGAGGCGCCCUCAGUCUAGUCCUCAUCCUUCUGAUCAGUCACAGCAGCCACCAGUGCCACGGCCACGCAGCAAACUGACAGAGUCCACUCCUUUUGAUAACUUCUUGAACCCUUCUGUGCCUCCUCCUGUUCUGGGAACUGAGGAACAGACUGGGGAAGAAGCAAAAAUGAGGAAACUCAAGAGAGGAGCAACUCUCCGCUGGUUCACAGAGACACAGGCCCAGAAGGUCAUGCAGGAUGAUGGGGCCUUUCCAAGCUGGCUGCAGGGGAUGAUCAGUCGGAGGGAAGCUGAAAACUUGCUGAUUGACAAGCCCUUGGGUUGCUUCCUUGUUCGGAUCAGCCAGAGCCGGCCAGGCUACAUCCUGACAUACCGGGGCGAAGGGCGCUGCAGACACUACAUGAUCCAGGAGCAGCCCAACGCUCGCUAUGUCAUCCUGGGCGAGGACCGGGCGCACGCCUCGCUGACCGAGCUGGUGCGCUACCACCAGGGCGUGGGCAUCCAGCCCUUCAUGGAGACACUGACUGUCCCCUGUGGGCAGAAAAGCAGUGAGAGCUUGAGUUACAAAAAUCUGGAGAACCUCACCCUGAGUUCACCAGCAGACAAGGGGGAGACCCCUCCAGAGAAGCAGUCCUGCCCCUCCAUGCCUUCCAGUGGCACACCUGCUCUGCAGUGGUUCAGGAGGACCAAGAAUUGCCAAAACCAGCAGACCCCAGAGAAGAGUGGAACAAAGCCUAGCUCUGGAGAGAGCAGCCAACGAGCCUUCCCUCGCCUCCGCUCUUCCAUACGCCUGGCAAUGCAGGAAAUCCAGCAGUUCACUUCCAAUCCCAUGAAGAUGUCUAGAGAGAGGAGCUCACUGCACUGAGAAUGCACAGCCUGGGUGACACGGUCCAAGUGGCUCAGAUCUGUCCUCUUCCAGUGCUGUUGGGCCUUGCCUAACAGUGAACACAUCCAGAGAUACAGCCGCCUUUUUCCUUUUUUAAUUUUUUUUUUACUUUUCUUUGCUGCACCUAGCUGUCCCUGUGCUUUCAGACAGGGUUGAUGCAGAAGGUCCCUUUCCUCAGCACUGAGGCAGAUUGUGACUGCAGCAUCCAGACCAGUCUGAUCCUGGCAGAGGGGAGAGGAUGGGGACAGUCACACUCUGCACAGACCCACAGUGCCUGACAGGCUGUGUGUCAGUACCUCAGCGUUCCUGGACACUCCCCGCCUAGCACUGUGAAUAGUCACAAACUGGGUAUCUCCCAACGACCUCUUCUGCCACAAAUAUCUGAUUACCUACCUCUUUCUCUUUCAAUAUUCUCUGUUUUGGUCCUGUGUGUUUGCUGCUCUGGGAGCCAAGGGAAGUUGGGCUUGGGCAGUAAAAAACAAAACUGAAGUGUCCUUUUUGUUGAGUGCAGGAGCACUUGAACAGAAGCUGAGACAAGGUCAAGAAGGUCUUUCUUGUAAAGGGGAUUCACUGCCCUUGCACCAGUGUGCUGGCACACUGCUCCACAGUCCUUAACCAGAGCUAAAGUCAGGGAAUCAUUGGUGAAACCCUCUCACUCAUCCUGGCUGAAAUCUCUACAAGUCCAGGCUGGACAACAUGCUGCUUUACACUGAGGAUGAGUAGAGGGCUUGGAAUGUAAAGGACCAUACUACUUGUUCUGUUUUUUCUACCUUUUAAAAUAAAUCUCUUUUUUUGCCUA